AAAGUAUUCACCAACUGUGCUGAAGCAGGGACUCAGGAUGCUACUGAUCCUCAUUAUCUUCUCUUUGGCUUUUAAAGCCUACGCCUCUGAUAUCAACUUGCAUGGGACGACCACAGCCGUGUAUGGCGAGGAAGCGAGCUUUACCUGUAAGCUUGCUGAACCAGCAGGCGUGGUGCAGGUCACCUGGCAGCGGGGUCUUAAACCUGAGUCAUUGGAAAACCUGGCAACAUACAACAGACGCUUUGGGCAGAAAGUAAAUGAGCCUUUUGAAGGAAAGGUGAGCUUCACAGAGUCGUCUCUGAGCUCCUCAUCCAUCACUCUGAGGAAUGUGACAUGGGAAGAUGAAAACUGCUAUGUAUGUUCCUUCAACGCCUAUCCUGAUGGGUCCAAAAGGAAGCAGAUUUGCCUCAAAGUAGAGGGGAUAUUGAAGAUGCACAAAAACCGUGUUCCCACAAGUAAUCCUGCCAUAAAAGGCAGGGAGGAAGUGCUCAGUUGCUCAGCCACAGGGAAACCUGCACCCACAAUUACCUGGGACAUCCCAUCCAACAUCUCCUCCAAAGACCUCCAACAGACAGCUGUAGUCAGCAACAGUGACAGGACGUUCACUAGCAGUAGCAGCAUCACAGUGGAGGUACCUGCAGACUGGAGAGGACAUGUGGACUGUGUGCUGAACAAAGGAAUGACGGGAGAACGGCGAGAAGAAUUCUCUUUCUCCUCAUUGCAAGAGGAGAAGGUAGAAGAGAGUUGGUCACUGAACACUCUGAUCAUCGCAACUCUAGCAAUCAUAAUCUGCAUCAUUGGGGUGGCAGCUGUGGUCAUCCACAAGAGGAGGUUAAAGAGGAGACCGAUUGAGUUUACUGCAGUUUGAUCCGCUUCGUAGCAGCAGAUCCUUCAAGCAUUACGUCAACCUGUCUGUUGCACCGGUGAUGUGAAUAAGCUAAAGCCAGACAACAGUCUACUGAGUUUAAACUGCACCAGAUCACAUUUCUCUCAAACUGCUGCACUUUGCACUUUAACUUGGAGCUUGUCUGUAGGCUUUGUUGAAUGUAAAAACCACAGAGAAACCACAGCAGUGUCAGAACUACAUGGCUGUAAAGGAGCAAACGUCAAGGUUUAUAUCAACAAGCUGACGUCUUAACUGCAAUCAAAAUGAGCCUCUAGUUACAUCUAGUGUCCAAUUGUGUAAAUAAACCUUCCUGUUAAAUGUGUGAUUUUAGAAGUAUUGCCUCAUUUACAAAGAAAUCCAUGUGGAGCUGUUAAGUAUCUGCUUUGGCUGUAUUUUUGGUUGCAGUUUGGACCUCUUCUUGCAGUUUGCAUGUUGUUUAUAGUGGUUUAACAGUCAUUUGUUGCUUGCUCUCAAAAUGCAAAACUAAUACAUCUUCGUGUGUUCAUGUAUUUUGAUGUUUUCUAUCUUUGUUGGUAAGAACCAAAAAUGUGCAAUUUUACUUCAGGUAGUGUUCCUUAGAACUUCUGAGUGAUGAACAUUUGUGUUGCUGUAUUAUUAUUAAUUAUUUAUUUUCAAAUGUAUUUAUUGUUUUGUUAAACAAAAUAUUACGUGUUUUAGAAAUGACCUAACUUAUGAUUAAACGUAUUUGUUUUUAUUCUUAUAAAAGUAAAGUACUUAAGUGUUGUCUGUUUUUAGCAAAAGAAAUAUAUUCAUAAAAAAUAU